AAUUUUGCGGAAGCAUGUUAAAAAGGAAUUUUUUUUUUGAAAAAAAAGGUAAAAGCUUAAACAAUACAGUAUCCUUUUGAGGAAAAAUUGCCCCUUUUAUGUUGGAUUUAUAUGCAUAAAGAGAAGAAAAUGCUUGUUUUUCUUACAAUUACACUUCAAAGUUCAAAAGUCUCCUGUAUUUCAAUAGUCACAGGGAGAUUGAGAGAGAAACAUGGCAGAUUCAAAGGUGGAGACGAUUUCAAGACUAGCCCAGUGGAGGAUCGAGAAUUUUGGCCCUUGCUCUUACAAAAAGUCCGAUCCUUUCAAGGUCGGCAUCUGGAGCUGGCACUUGUCUGUGGAGAAGAAUCGGUACCUGUAUGUUCGUUUGUUUCCAGAGCCAUCUCGAGCUUCCAAAGAGCAACCUCCUAUUGCUAGAUUUGUUCUUCGUGUCUCUAAUGCUGUAGCUAACCGCAGGCCCUAUAUCUCUCCUGUUCAUGAGAGAUUGCUUCGGACAUGUGAUGACUUUGUCUGGCCUGUCGAUUCCACCUUUCAUGGCCGCUUCAUUAUUGAUGUCGAGUUUCUAGACCUCAAGAUCUGCCCUCUGAAUGGUGGGGAAGCCAGUUCUAUAUGGCCUAGUGAUGGUAUGAUGCAGUCUGUUUCAACCCAAAGCACGCUACGAUGUCUUUCUCGCAUGCUGGAUGAGGCCAUCCAUGCUGAUGUUACCAUCCACACUGCUGAUGGCACUCUAAGAGCACAUAAAGCAAUUCUUUCGGCAAGUUCACCUGUUUUCCAAAGCAUGUUCCAUCAUGACCUCAAAGAAAAGGAAUCCUCUACAAUCUACAUAGAAGACAUGUCAAUGGAGUCUUGCAUGGCCCUUCUAAGUUACUUGUAUGGAACCAUUAAACAAGAGGAUUUCUGGAAGCACCGGUUAGCUUUGCUUGGGGCUGCAAACAAAUAUGAUAUUGCAGACCUUAAAAAUGCUUGUGAAGAGAGCCUUUUGGAAGACAUCAAUUCUGGAAAUGUCCUCGAGAGGCUGCAAGAGGCCUGGCUUUACCAGUUAGACAAGCUGAAGAAAGGAUGCUUGACAUACUUAUUUGAUUUUGGCAAGAUAUAUGAUGUUAGAGAAGAAAUCAACAACUUUUUCAGGCAAGCAGACAGGGAAUUGAUGCUGGAAAUGUUUCAAGAGGUGCUGACAGUUUGGAAACCUGUGUAAUUUACCUUGUGAAGUCAGCUUUGUGGAAAUGCUUACUAUUGGUUGUGUAUAAUGUAAUUUUUUUUCUCUGUUCCUGGUCAGGUAUUCCCAGGCUUUACAUUAUGUCACUAAGAAGUGGUAUUCAGGGUGUGAAGGAUCAUUUAUGCUGUAGUAAGUAGUAAAAAAUGGAGAACUGUGUUUUGGGUUUGAUCUAAAAAGAUCAAGUACUAUAAUUAUUGUUGCCAAUCCGAA